AUGUUCACCGGCAUCCGGGGCAUCAUGCAGAUGUCCUUGAAUGAGGAGCAGAUGCUGAGCGUGAUCACCAGGUUCCACAAGAUGAUGACAUCCAUUGUGGAGCAGUACGAGGGAACCGUGGGAAACCUGGCUGUGCAAAAGAUGUUUAAAAGAGAGAUCCUGGAUGAAGGCCUUCUGGUCUACUUCAACGCUCCCAGGAUGGUGUCCAACCAUGCCACAAAAGCCUGCGAGGCUGGCCUCGCCCAGCGUCAGGCUAUGAACACUUUGCGUCAAGAGCUGGUGGAUGAUGGCUGGUUAGACCCUUCAGAUGCUUUCUUGCGCUUGGGUGUGGGCAUUCACAGCGGCAGCGUCUUGGUGGGAUGCAUCGGCAGUGCCAUGAAGAUGAAGUUUGGCUGCAUCGGAGACGCCAUGAAUCUAACGAGCCGACUGCAAGGCCUUUGCAAGUUCUACGAUGUGGAUGUGAUGUGCUCGGAAGAGACCUGUUUGGCCACAUCAGCCUUGGUUUGCCGCAAACUUGAUCUGUUGCAGGUCAAGGGUCGUCAAGAGACCACGGCCGUCUAUGAGAUCAUCGGCCAAGACACCGUUGUCACCAUGACAGGCACUGAGGCCACCCAGGCCACACAAGCCACCUCGGCCAGCGGCAUAGCGGCUGGUCCCAUGACCACGGAUUCCAGCAGCCCCAAGAGCGAGCCAGAGCAAGAAGUCCAGCCCCAGACCAUCGGCAAUGGCGCCUUGACGCUGCCCAUCCCCAAGUCCAAUGCCCGGAAGAAAGGGCCCCCACAGUUCCUGCUACCGGAGGAAGAGAGGUCCGACGCUCCCUUGCUUCUGAACCCCAUGUCCCGCAGCCCCAUGCGCCGCAAUUGGCCGGAUGCCAGCUGUCAAUAUUUCUGCGAGUCGCCCGUUGUCAUUGGACGCGCGGAUAGCCCAGGACACACCACACCUGGGGAACGGACCUCAGUAGGUGACCGCACCAAUCGCACUUAUGGUGGUGGCGCCACCAGCACAGCUGCCUCAGCGUCGCACAUGUCUCACUAUCCCUCCCCAUCCCCAGGAUCAGGCUCCGAAGGUUGCAAAUGCCAUCCAACCUCUCGAGGCUACCCAAGUUCCAGCAUGUCGCCUGCCGCUGGUUUCCUUGAUCAGGUGACCACAGAGCAGAAGGCCUUUGCAGCAGAGUAUGAAGCUGCGUUCGACGCAUACACGAACUCGCGCUUCGAUGAGUGCGUAGAGAUUUGCCGCCAGCUGCUGAAGUGGAAACCCUUCGAUACGUCCACCCAGCUGCUCUUGGAGCGAGCUUUGCACAGAGGAACACCUAUCAACCUGCAUCACGAAAAGACCAAGUUCCCUCAUGAGGACUGGACUUUCAGGAAGUUUUUGUCCAGGUACAACAAGUCCGUGCUCUACUCCACUGCCACCACUCCGCAGACUCUCGCCCAUGAGGUGUACUUGCUCCCAGUGAUGAACUGCGGUGGCUAUUCCAAGAAGUUGGCUGCAACAGUGAUGUGGAUGAGCAGUGGCAGCACCAAGUCUGUGAUUCAUCAAGAUGGGCAGGACAACAUCCACUGCCAGUUUGCUGGGCAGAAGGAUUGGAUUCUCUGGGAGUCCUCUGCGCCCCUGAAGAAGAGGAGUAUGGGUUGGGUCUUGGCAGAAGAGGAAGCGAAGAAGGAUCCAGCCUUUCAGGAUGCGUAUGGACAAUACGCCGGCAAGGUUGAUGUGGACAACGUGGAUCUGGAUUCCUUUCCUGGAUGGGACUCUUUAAGGUGGUGGAACAUGACCAUGAGGGCUGGGGACUGCGCUUUCAUUCCCAGGCAAUGGUUUCACUUUGUCCAGUCCCCUCCAGUGCGGAGCAUCAGCAUCCACGUUUGGUUCCACGGCGAAAAGUUUGACCCCCGCGGCUGCCAGGCGCUGAAAGUUAAGGGCUUUGAUACAUCGGAGUUCUUGUUCAGGAUUGCUGACUGCGAAUUCGGCUAUGAGGAGGGCAAGAAAGGGUCAGGAACAAAGUGCAUAUUAACGAGGAGGAAAGAUGCUUCAGAGCUUUGA